AUGCAGAAUAAAACGACUGCCACAGAAUUCAUCUUGCUGGGGUUCUCCAGCAACCAAUCCCUGCGUGUGUGCCUCUUUGGCCUUUUCUCUGUCCUCUACUCUGCCAUUCUUAUGGGAAAUACACUUGUCUUUGUGCUUAUCUGCCUGGACCACAACCUCCACAGCCCUAUGUACUUCUUCCUCUGCCAUCUCUCCAUCGUAGACAUCUGCUAUGCCUCCAACAAUGUCCCCUAUAUGCUGAUGAACCUCCUUGAACAAGGCAGAACCAUCUCCUUUGCUGGAUGUGGGACACAGAUACAUCUUUAUUUAACCUUUGCACUUACUGAGUGCGUGUUGCCGGCGGUGAUGUCUUACGAUCGUUACAUGGCCAUCUGCCAGCCCCUCUGCUAUGCCCUCAUCAUGAGCUGGAGGGUGCGCCUCACCCUUGCUGCAGUUUCAUGGGCUUUUGGGUUCCUAUUUGGUACACUACAAGCCUCUUUGGCUUUACAUCUGCCUUUCUGUGGCCCCUACAAGGUUGAUCACUUCUUCUGUGAAAUCCUUGCUGUCUUAAAGCUGGCCUGCACUGACACUACUGCCAAUAAAGUCCUGAUCUUUGCUGUUUGUGUGUGCUUCCUCCUCUUCCCUUUAGCCUUAAUCAUAAUUUCCUACUUGCACAUCCUAGCCACCAUUCUGCGCAUCCAUUCUGCACCAGGAUGGCACAAAACCUUCUCCAUCUGUGGCUGCCACUUGGCCGUGGUAGGUCUGUUUUAUGGAAAUGCCAUCUUCAUGUACAUGGGGCCUCAGAGCAGUAACUCACCUGGGAGGGAAAAAAUUCUUUCCCUUUUCUACAGUCCUGUCAGCCCCACUUUCAACCCCUUGAUUUACAGUUUGAGGAACAAGCAGGUGAAAAAAGCCUUGCUGAAGCUUCAGAGAAGGAAAACAGUCUUUCAUCCCAUGUAG